GGAGCACCGGUUGUAUGCGAAAAAUAUGAUUCAUGUGAAGACUAUGAAUCAUGCGUUUCAGAACAGGAAUAUUCAACUGUGUAUUGUUCAGGAAACAACAAUGGGUUUGAUGCUAUAUGUGAAGCAAAGGUUUCAACUAAUAAAUUAUUUGCUCAUGCUGAUCCUCCAGCUCUAAAAACAAAAAGUAAGAAAAAAGCCAGGUUAUUUGGAUGUGGUCUUCCAUUGCCAAAGAUAUUCUCAAAAAGCUUGAAAAGCAAGGGUGCAUCCAAGUGUUCUGAUCUUACUCCUAGACCAGGUGAUCAUAUGAUAUCAGUGAUUGGUUUACAACAGUUACACGGACAGUGGAAUGUGUCAGAUCAGCUGUUACAACUACUGAGUGUAACGAAAGAAGAUGUGGUGGACAAAUUAACAUUUUCUAAGGAUUCUAGUGUUGUUUGUACAGUGUUGGUUCUUGCUUGGUUACGUAAACAGUUUUCACAUAGACAAGAGGAGUGGCAGAUGAUAGAAGCAAAAGCACUUGUCUGGAUAUCUACUCAAAGUCCAAGCUUUACAACAGAGGAACACAUUAAACAUACUACAGAAAUGAUGUGGGCCAAGUAAUAUUGUUCAUACAUGUAAAUAUAGUCAUAUGUAUAGAGAACUUACUAUGAGUUGUUAUUUCAAAUCAACCCUUAUGAAAAAAGAACAUGUACAACGCAAGCGUCUUGCAAGCUUAACGUUUGAUUAAUAUGUAUGAAAUAUGUGUCUUAUUAUCUAGAAUGCCAGAAUACACGUGAAAAAUAUAUAAAGGGAUGAAAAUGCAUUUUUCAUUAUUUGUUACUGUAUACAUCGCAUGAAUAAUGUCAUCUGAAUUUAUUUGCACCUUUAAUAUGAUUAUUUAUAGCAUUUUAUAAAACGUUAUAUUAUUAUACUUCUGUAAGAUAUGUUUGAAGGGAAACGUUUUAUUAUAAUUAUGUAUGUAUUUUGUUACGUCUAUAAAGGGGGAGAAUUCUAUUUUUCCACCCGUUUGCUGGGUUAGCGUCUUGUUUUCUACAGCUAUGCAACGUAAUAUGUAAUUUAAUGUAGACAAUUUUACCAUGCAACUUUGCAUUUAGUUCAUUUUCCAUGUGAUACUAAGAUAUUUUCAAAACCAUGUGCGAAAUCGACUUUUUAUCUGUGAUAUAUGUCUAAAUCAAUUGAAAAAGUGACAUAUCAUGUGCACACCGUGCAUUUUCUCAUAAAAUCAUAUUUUGUAAUUGAUUCUUAAGUUACUUAUUUCAUUGAUAUAAUAUUACGUGAUUUAUUUUAGUAUCUUACAAGAAUAGCAAUCUGUUAGAAAAAAAAUAACUUAGUUAGAUAUUAUUGAUUGUGAUUAAUUGUGUGCUUUUUGGCUGUUUUGCCUUAACCAUGAAAUUUGUAAAAUUUGUAAAAUGUGAAUAUUUUAGGAUCCUGUCAUUUAAAGGUUGGAGAUUAUUUGAUUUUGAUUGAUGGAUGAAACAUUUUUAUAUCUUGUAUCUAUGAAUUUUUCUUCAUAUAUGCAAUGAGCCUAUUUUUAUGUCAAUCUUAUGCUAGAAAGUCUUUCAUGUAAAUAUUUCUAAUGUAUUUUUAUGUUAAUUGAGCUAAUCCUAAUAAUUAUUUUACAAGAAUAUAUGUAUGUAAUAAACAAAGCAAUAUCAUGUUAAUCUUAAACAUUCAUUGCACAUUUUGCAUGUGGCAUCAGAAGGGUGUAUGUAUGAAGAUUUUUACUUAAUGUGGUUAUAAGUAACAAAUAUGUUCGACUCCACCAGAUUAGUGAACAUGGUGAGGCAGGGGCUAAAUUAAGAUCACUGUGACGUCAAUUUGCUGUUCAAUGUCUGCUCUGUUAAUCCUGUAUUUUGUGGAAAAAAUCUACAUUUGCUUAAAUAUCUAUAUGAACAGUGCCAUGUGAUUAACCUUUGACGUACUCGUGCAGGCUCAAGUUUAAGAUCAUACAUACAGGUCAAAUGUCAGAGUGUCAACUAUCACUUUGCUAUUUUGUGUCUGCUUUAUUAAUUUCUGUGAACUCUAUUCCUCUUUAUGAAACUUGGCUCAGAUAUUCUGUCCUAAAAGGCAAUGCACGUAACUCAUAAUGCAGAUAUGGUAACUCAAUGUCAAGGUCACAUGUUUAGGUCAAAUGUUUACAUCAACAAGAUGUUGUGCUUAAUCUUUGUUGCAAAAUUGCAGCCUUUUUGUCAAUGUCAUACUUGAAUGCCAUUUGUUACACAAUUUUGUGUUCAUUGUAAAACAUUUUAAUCCUUGAAUUUCUUAAAACUUUGCUUAAAUGGGCCAAAUAAGGUUUAGAAAAGUUUUAGAUAUUUCACUUUUACUUUGGAAAGAGCCCCAAUUUCUUGUGUGCUUCAACAUGCACCCAUAUAUAAGUGUACUAGAGAGGCACAAGACUCCUGUUACCUUUAAUUUCAACAAAAACUAUUCAUCAAAGUUUAGGAUUUUACAAAAUGAUAAAAAAGAAUAAGAAAAUGAUGUAAUAUAUUUAUUUUGCUACAAAAAAACAUAAUUUUUGUAAUAAUCACCACCAACUUGUAUAUGUAUAUUUGGCGUUGUUUAGAAUAAGCAUGUUUCAGUAACCAUUCGUGUAAGUUAUUUAUUAAAGAAUUUGAUAUACUCUGCUGUAGAUUAAUUUGGUUACAGUCGGGCAAACAUAAUAACUACAAUGUACUAUCAUUUUGAAAGAUCAUUAGAUGUAGAAAUAAACAUGUUUUUUUAUUGAUAUCCAUUAUAAAUAUCAGGUAAUGCUAGUUAAAACUGAAAGCCUAAAUGGACUGUCGUAAAUUCUUCAACAGAUAAUACAAAUAAAUUGAUCAACUGUAUUUUAAAAGUGAAAAGUUUUUUGUUAUAAUUUUAGAAAUACAUUGUUUGAUAUGUAAUUGUAUUGUUCAUGAUAAUAUUUAUGUACAAAUAAAAGGAGCUAAACAUUUAUUCUGCUCUAUUAAUAAAUCAUAAGUU